CUUAGCGAGGGAUGCAGAACCGCAGUCUCCGGGUCUGUGCUGCCCCGGCUGUUUGCACCUCAUACUGAUACUUACAAGUCAAAAUAAUUUGCAGCUUGGUUUUUUAAACCCUGCUUUUCUGUGUAGGGACCAGGCCGUGUAUGGACUGUUCUAGGCUGUGGGAACAAUAGGUGACAGCUGAGCUCUUCCUCAGCCCACUUACAGCUCACUUAAUAUUUUCUGUAUUGAGAACAGACUUCUAAUGAGGUUAUGAAACGAGCCAGUGUCACAGCUAAGUCCCACCCAUCUGCUGUGCUGCCGAGAUAGGCCACCCAUGAUUUCAUCCUGGGGAGACAGGGGUGACUGAUAUAGCCCCAGUCAUUGCCAUCCAGCUUCUGCUCUAUCUGUCAGGUUAGGUGCCUGAUAACCCAGUUUUCCAGACGUGUGACCACUAGGAAAAGAAGACAGAGAAGCUCAGCUAAAGGCAUAUGUGUAUCUGUGAUAAUUUCCUUCCAAUUCUUGCAUUUUCAGCUCUACCCAGAGGAGAUGGCUUGAGGUAACAUUAUACUUGAGCCAGAGAGAUGGAAACCUGUGACGUGGUGAAUCCUGCACAAGAAAUCCCUUCAUCUCCUGCAGGCUCUGAUGUCAGAAAUACCCACAGCUUGCUCUGUGACUUGAGUUGUAACAGAAGUCCCUCCAAUCCCAAUGGAGUUUGUGGUUACUCAGGGAACACCAGGUCCUCAUUAAUGCCUGGUGCUGUCGAGCUCCUCGCCUCCUUUGUGCGAGAUAUCCAGAGUGUUGGAAAUGCUGACUCAGAAAUUGUGAAGAACUGUGAGACAAGGUGGCUACAGUUACUGAGACUGGUAGAAAAACAAUGUCAGGAACAAAUAGUUGCCCAGCAAGAACAGUUCCACCAUCAAAUCCAACUGAUUCAGGAUGAGAUCAGGCAGUUAGUGAAGUUGCAGACCAGCACCUGUGGGGCCUGCACGAGCAGAAGUUUCCCUGCCAAGCUCUCAGACACUUCAUCACUAGAAAGUCAAAUGGGGAUGUGUUCUGAAAUCCUGGAAGGGAGUGAGUGCAUUGCCAAUCAGCUUCGAGCUCAUGAAGCAGAAAGUCAGCCAAAGGCACCUGAUCUACACCAGGAGUGGUUUGCAAAUGAUGCUCCCAUGAACAGGGGGUGUGUUACACUGCCUGCCCCCCAGCUGGACCCUGGCAGCUCUCAGGACAUUCCCAAGUGCACAGACUACAUGGAGAAAACUUCCCAAGGACAGGGGGGUGCAGCAGUGCUGCAGAGUGAUCCAACUGCAGCUGGUGUUCAAAAUAAAAGAGAACUUUCACCAAAAAAAACAGGGGAAAAUAUUUCAACAGGAAGGAAUCAUGUUUUAGUUUUUCCUGCUGAAUUGGAAUGUAAAGUUAGUGAAGCUCAACGUGGAAAAAAACCCAGUAAAUCUUUAACAUCAUGGGCACAGAAGUUGAAACAAAACCAACCAAAAAGAACAAAUGCUGAAGAAGUGUGUGUGAACUCUAUGCAAGAAAAUGAGCAAGCAAAGAAAGUACCACUUGAGAAUACAACCCUUACAGAUGCUGCUUUGCCACCUUACACUUUUUACCUCAAUCAACCGAAGGAAAGUCCAAAUUCCAUAGUGUCUGAAGCUUCAGGACUUUCAUACUGGAAACUAAAUGACAAGGAGAUGUAUCACUCCUUACCAGAGAAUUUCAGAAACAAGUUUGCUGAUGUUUUCUCCACAAAAGUAUCAUCAGAUAAGUUGUCUUCUGCUGAUGAAACAAAGCUGUCAUCAUUGAAGGAUAUUUAUCAUAAAAGACAAAGGGAAAACAAGCAGCUGCCAGACCAGAAUUUUAUGCCUUCUUCCCUGUCAAGUCACCCACCAGAGGUCUUGACAUUGGACCCAACCCUACACGUGAAGCCAGGUCAGCAGAACCCAGGAUACUGUUUUUUCAAUAUUCCUGAGGAGAUGACUCCCUUUUCUCCAGACUCCAUGGCAGAGCCCGGAUUUUCAAGUCAUUGUGACACAGACUCUUUUUCACAGACAAGCAAUUCAUCUCGGUUACACGAGUCUCCAAAAUACCCUGCCAGCAGCAGAGCUGUGCUUUUGGAUCCCUGGGGAAAUCACCCAUUCCAAAAUGAAAACAAGACCAGCUGUCCCUUUCCAGUGGCAUAUAUGGAUGCUAAUAAUGAUAAUUUAGUCAACACUGAGGAGGAAGACGCCCUGACUCUGACUCCAUCUUCUGUUACUGAGUGUGCUGACAACAGUGUGCCAGAAUACAGUCUUUCAGUGACAUCUGUUGAAGAUCCUGUGAUAAUGUCAAACAUUAGGCAGAACUUGAGGGAAAAACAUGCUCGACACGUAGCUGAUCUACGAGCUUACUAUGACUCUGAGAUCCAGAGCUUGAAACAGCAGCUCGAAGCAAGCCAUAAAACUGCUUCAUCUGAAGACUUGAAGAACAUCAAUCAAAGUCUUGUUGACAGGUGUGACCAAUUAGAUGCAGCUCUGAAUGAAGCGAGUGCUCGCAUAAAAGCCCUUGAAAAUAAGAAUAGUGUGCUAGAAAAGCAAGUGGCAGAUUGGAGAGAACGUUUCUACACAGUCAGUGACACCUCCAAGGUUCUGCAGGAACGCCUGGAAGAAACGCGCACAAGUAACAAGGAGAAGGACAACACCAUCAGCCGGCUCAAAUCGAGGCUUAGAGAUCUGGAGGAAGCAUUUGAGAAGGCUUACAAGUUGUCUGAUAAUAAAAAUGCCAGGCUAAAGGAAGAAAACAAAAUGUUUCAAAAUCUUUUAGGAGAGUAUGAGUCCCUUGGAAAAGAACAUGAAAGAGUAAAGGAUACGUUAAAUGCAACUGAAAACAAAUUACUUGAUGCAAACACACAGAUUUCUGAUUUAAAAAGGACAAUUUCAAAACUUGAAGCUCAACUCAAGCAGGUAGAACAUGAAAAUAUGCUGAAGCUUCGCCCUAUUACUGAAGGUCAUUUAAGAACCUCUUGUGCCAACAAAGUGGCAACUCCUGAUGUCAGCAGGCGAAAGUGGUUGAUACCAGGAGCAGAAUAUUCCAUCUUCACUGGCCAGCCUUUGGAAGGCCAGGAAAGCCCCAAAGACAACAGAUUAAAAGAAACCUAUAACCCUUCUAGGCACCAUUCUCCUCCUGAAAAAGAUUCCGCACAAGAAGACUCUUCAACAAACACAAUAGAAAAAGAAAAUGAGAUGUCAGAAGCACCAAUUAUAAAAGCCUUUAAAGAACUUGAAGAAGGAAGAGCAUUUAAAGAUUGGGGUACACAGACAGAGAAAGAAGACCCAUCAGCUAAAACAUCAAAUCGACGUCAAACCGUUGGGUUUGUUGAAACUUCGUUGGUUGCCAACCGGUCCCCAGAGAAAGGCAGAGACCAACACAGACCCAAACGCUACAGCUCCCCCUCUGGCCAGAGGUCAUCCUCCCUUCCCCCUUCCAACAGGAAACCACAUAUUCCAACAACAAGAGAAAUCAUGUUGGCACCACCAGUGUCUGUGACAUACAGCCCAAAACGAUCUCCAAAAGAAAACCUCUCUCCUGGAUUUAGCCAUUUGCUUAGCAAAAAUGAAAACACAGUGACAAGAUUUGAUAUACUUCUAGAUGACCUGGAGGCUGGUCCUACAUCUUCUUUACAGAACAAUAAUCCAAGGAAAAGGCUCCAGUUUCUCUCACUAGAUGAUGCAGAAGGAAGGCAGCAUUCCGGGGUCAGCCCCAGCUCCUGUGCUGAAUCCCUCAGUACUGGGAUGAAGAAAGUGUCAGCGUUGGACGAGAGGAGCAUGGCCCAAAAAUAUGAGCCAGUGCUGUUACCUUGUGAGGGAGACUUCAAGUACACAGCAAGGAUUAAGACUCUGGCUGAAACAGAAAGGCUUUUUGAUGAGCUGACUCAAGAAAAGCAACAGAUUGAGGCUGCAUUGAGUCGAAUACCUUGUUCUGGAGGAAGAAUGACCUUGCAAGCAAGAUUGAAUCAGGAAGCCCUGGAAGAUCGUUUGGAGAGGAUCAAUAGGGAUCUGGGGUCAAUACGGAUGACUCUGAAAAGGUUCCAUGUUCUACGAACCUCUGCAAAUAUCUGACUGUGCUCUCUGGAAUGCAGAGCUGCUUCUUUAUUUGGUGUUUUUUUGGUUUGUUUUGGGGGUGUUUUGGUUUUUUGUUUUUGCACUAAUAUGUAAUUAUGCACUCAGUAAAUGCAAAUUGGUUUGUAUUUUUAUAAACCCUCAAUAGUAGUUUUACAACCAUGUUACCCUUUACAAACAGCAAUAUUUUGUACUUCAAACAACCACCUAUAUUUUAAGCAUAUUUUUAUUACACUUGAGAAAUGAAUGUUUAUCCUGUAUUGUAAUAUUUUUAGAAAUACCAAUUAUUUUUAAAUAGUGAUGUUGAAUUUGUAAGAAUAAGAAACUAAAAGGCAGCUUGUUUUCAGAAAAUGAUGGUGUUCUCCUUUUGCACUUGGUUUUCCUCACCAUUUUAUAAAUAUUUAUGAUCUGAUGUAAAUAUUAGGGACAUUUUGAAGUUUAAUACAAAGAGCAACACGAAUGAUGUUGUGUUAAAAAGAUAACUGCUGUUCUCUGGUAAAUCCUUUGAACUGAAACCUGAUGAGAUGGAUAUUUUUCCUUGGGACAAAACUGGGAGCAGUACCUGCAUUCUGGCUGCACGUGGGGGUGUGUGUGGUGCUGCUUUGGUUGCUGCUGGUUGUGGUGGGAAAAGACAGGAUGCAGGAGACUGACAGCAGCCACCCUGGCUCCCAGAGAGCAGCUCCACUCCAGGACUGUGACUGUUCAAUGAAGUUACUGGUUUUUAAUAUUCCAGCCUGUGCUGGGGACUGUGCCAGUGUCCUCCUUGCCUGCGUUGCCAAACCAAAUCCAAGCUGUUUUUGUGAACAUGCUUGCAUUUUCCUUGGUGAAAAAAACAAAAAUGCAUAUUUGCUAGCUGACAUAUUGCUGAAUUACUGUCCAACAUUGAUAUUUGAGUUUGUAUUUUAAUAUUAAAUAAAUGUUUAAUUAGA